CGCGCUAAUUCAUAUUCGCGAACUGGUGUACGGAGAGGACACAAGAGGGCGCUGUAACUCCCAACACGUCAAAUAGAAUACACGUCGACUUUCAACGCGAACAAACGCGAACAAAGAAAACGAACAAUCUUUACAACGUGUACACCUUAAAACAUUUAUGAAGAAUUAGUAAAAGCAUUAUAUUUAUUGUCAUAUUUAAUGUUUCGAAUUUGUGGAAAACAAAAUAAAUCAGUUCAAGCAAAAAGUGUAGUAAUUUCUUAUGUGCGAACGCACAUAAAGUGGCGACCGUGACAGGACUUACUGCAAUCUACGGAUUCGAGCACAACCUACAACAUCAGCCUAAUUACGGACGAAGAAAGCGAAGAAGGAGAAUCUACAGGAAUCUGCGUGGGUUUUGCCAGCAAAAGAGUGAGCCUGUUCCAUUUUAUUCCUUCCCUAAUCGCACUUUGUCACUUCAUACCUAAUAGCAAAAUCUAUGCCUAAUUCUUCCUAAUACCUACCUACUUGCUAUACUUACAAGUUGCCUAAAGCCUAUUUUGCAUUUAAUGCGCCUAUUUUUGCGGCUAGUAAGUUAGCAAACGAUAUUUAAGGUGCCUAAAUAUCAAUUACACUUUGUAAAUGAAUCUACUAUUCAAUUGUAUAACCUAAAACGUACCUACCUACUACUUGCUUUGCUUACAAGUUGCCUAAAUCCUAUUAUUGCAUUUAAUGCGCCUAUUUUGCGGCUUGAAAGUUAAACAAACUAAAGUUAAGGUGCCAACUAUCAAAUACAAUUUGUAAACUAUUAAAUUUUUGUACCUAAAACGUAGUUACUUACCCAAGUUUGAUUCUUGUAAACAACUAUCCUAUUAUUUUAAUUCGCUUGCUUGCCCACAUUAUUCGUGCACAAUAUAAUUCCAUUUUCACUUAUUUCAAUCGAAACAUAACUAUUAUAGCUAAAUUCAUCCCAAUUGCAUUAUUUACAACUUCAUACGUUCCCUAUAGCUUUGUCUUGAAUACCUACUACUAUUAGUCGAUAUACAAAGCUGUGCAACAUUCUAUUCCAGCGACAGCUGCACAGCGUGAACGGGGUAUAAGGUUGUCAUCCAUCCCGUGUCCGCGCGUGCACUGCUGCAGGCCAGCAACUGCCGGUGCGCUCCACCCCGCCGCCUCCCGCGCAGCCACUCCGGCUAACGGUCGUGCGGACGUCCUCGAAUCAGUCUUCCGCAGUAAACAAGACUCAAGCAAGGUGAAUAAGCAGACUCCGAAUUCCUCAAAUACGAGUAGCAACAACAAUAAACCUCAUAUUUCUACAAGAUCGUUUAUCGCUGAAAAGGGAACCGCAUCAACAACUACAACGAGUUAUAGGUGCGCCGUAUGUAACGAUAACCACCGAAUCUAUGAAUGUCCCAAAUUUCUAUCAAAAUCGGUUGACGAAAAAAUUAAAAUGGUAGCCAAGUUAAAGCUGUGUACCAACUGCUUACGCAGUCAUAGCCAACGUAAUUGCAGACUUCCUGGUACCUGCAGGAACUGUCGAGAGAGGCACAACACGAUACUCUGCCAGUCUAACAAACCUGAAAUCGAUAAAUCCGAUUCCGAGCCAGUCGCGAUGUCAGCUACCACCUCGUCAGAAACUUUAUUGUGUACAGCAUUGGUUGAUGUUAUAAAUCCUAAAACUAACGAAAUUAUAACCACCAAGGCCCUUCUAGAUAGUGGAAGUCAAUGCACAUUUAUAACGCAAAAUUUAAAGGAACAGUUAAAUUUAAUUACAUUACCUUCUAGCACACAUAAUGUUUUAGGUAUAGGCAACAUACCAUUAAAGCUCGGCGCUGAACGGUGCGAGAUUCGCCUUCAGUCCAAGCUGAGUGCAUUUAAUUCAAUUUUGUCCUGCUUAGUUAUCCCAAAAAUAGCAGGCAAAAUACCUAAGUCUUUUAUAGACACUACACACUUAAAUUUAAAGUCAUAUGAGCUUGCAGACCCCAGCUUUUUUGAACCAGCUGAAAUAGGAUUACUCCUCGGUGCUGACGUCUUUUGGGAUUUAAUAUUGUCCAAACAGCACUCUUUAGGAAAGGGUAAUCCUAUUCUACGUCAAUCUAAACUAGGCUGGCUCAUCGCAGGUCCCAUGCACUACCCUCAUGACAUGAACAAAAAAACAUUUCAAUGUCAUUAUGCUAAUGUAGCCAAUAAUAAUGAACUCAAAAGCUGCUUAGUCGAUUUACACAGUGACUUGAAAAGGUUUUGGGAACUGGAAAGCUUACCACAAAAACCGUUACUUACCGAUACGGAGAAAGAUUGCGAACAGCACUUCUUAAAACACACAACACGAAGUAACGAUGGGCGUUUUUGUGUUAAGCUUCCGCUCACUGACAACCCGGAACGUCUAGGAGACUCUUAUCACAUGGCAAAAAAGAGAUUUUUAAAUCUAGAAUGUAGAUUUUGUAAGCAACCUGAGCUUAAAGACGCUUACGUAGAUUUUAUAAAUGAGUAUGCUAACCUAGGACAUCUUUCAGUUUCACAAGUCGACCGACCUGAGGGAGGCUAUUUUAUUCCGCAUCAUCCCGUCCUCCGCGAUAGCGAAUCGACACGGCUUCGCGUGGUAUAUGACGCACCAGCGCGUACGGGAAUAUAUAAUAUGUCAAUAAACGACAUACAAAUGAUUCCAGCGAAUAGAGCAAAUGCGACAAAUUUUCUGGAAACGCUGGAGCUUGGAGUACAUCUCUGAAUUACAAGCAAGAGCAAAAUGGCGCGGAAAGUCUAUCGAGCUUCAGGUGGACGACUUGGUUGUGCUCAAAG